AAAAAGAUUUUUUGAAGAUUACUUCCUGAACUGACAGAACUCGCUCACGUUUUUUGGUUAGACUUCCAUGGAACCGAAAGAAAAGGUGGUUAAACUUCCAAACAUUAAAGGGAUAAAUGGCAUACUCGUACACUGAUUCGAUAGCAUGCCAGUAAAUGUAAUCCAAUUAAUUUGAUCUGAUUUUGUAAGUACAUACUUACCAAUUUUGCUAGACUAGAAUUUGAUAAGCUGUCAGCAUAAAUAAAAUUACUUCUACAGUCGUGAUUAAAUCUGAUAAUUUCUAUUCAAAACGCACCCAGUAUUUCGUGAUGGAUGUACCUAAGUUUCAUUGAUUCGUUUUCCAGAAUUACCUAUUUACUUCCACGCUUCACAUAAUUUCAUUCAAAAAAGAAAAAAAUUCAUUCAUGAAAAUAAACUUAAAAAAUGUACUAACCCAAGAUAGUGGAAUCGGAACAUACUUCACUAUGACGAUUAUUCAACAAAAUUUCAAAAAAUGUAUUUAUUUAAUAGAAUUUCAUGGAGCCUACAAAGCAAACCCAGCGGAAAAUUUACAUUUCUGUGACCCUGCUUCGGUUUAUCUUUGAAUCAGUACCUCUACUUACUAUUUAGUAUCUACUCGUACUUUCUAACCCACAAUAACCUACUUUUGGCACCACUUCAUGUCGCAGACAGUCCAAAAUACAAUGAAAACACUACUACUAGUAUUCGUCUCAUUCAUCGAACUCCAAACUACCCACAGCACUGCCUCUUCAGCCAACUCUUUCAAAAUGAGCAUCGAAACGAGUGAUUUCAAGUCAUUAGUCCUGAACAAUAACAACGUAUUCGUCGAUAAAAGUUUGUUAAUCGAAGAAUUCAUGCAACUAAAACGGUCCAGGUACGUGCCACUGAUCAUGAGACCACCAGGCUGGGGCAAGAGUACCAAUUUAGACAUGCUCAAGAGAUUCUUCGAAAUCGAAGUAGACAGCGAAGGGAACUGUUUACCCAAGAAUAAAACCAUCAACGAUAAACUUUUCCUCGGAGGUGAGAUCGAUAUAGGUUCAAACGUCUCGAAAAAACUAGACCCUUUGAAAAUAUCCUACCUUCCGAGCCUUUCGACGUAUUUGGGCACAAUUCCUGUGAUCUUACUCAAGCUAGAAAAUGUAACGGGAAAAUGCUACCGAGAUAUAGAACGAAGAAUCAAGUCACGAGUCACCGAUGCAUUCCGAAGUCACCCAUACUUGAUUAAUUACACCAAUAAUCUGAAUACGACACUUGAAGGACGUCACAUGCGAAAUUAUUUUACUGGAGAUUUCAACACGACUGAGCUAAAAAGAAGCAUAUUUACUUUGAGCGCGCUGCUUCAUAGCUACUUUCGCAAACGAGAAGUAAUAAUCUUGAUCGACGACUACGAUGCGCCUCUGACCAACGCUUUUUUCAAAUUUGGAGGCAAUCAAAAAGAAUACGAUAAGGUUGUGGAUUUACUCAACUCCAUGUUCAAGAUGGCUCUAGAAAACAACACUUUCGUGCAUAAAGCUCUAGUCACUGGUACUAUAAGAAUCGAUGCCGACCCUACUCAAACUGCCAACUCAAGUAGGCCUAAUCUCAACACGUUCACAUUUCAUGGCCAACAACUCUCAACGUAUUUUGGAUUCACUCGUUCUGAGGUUCAAGAUCUACUCGAUCGAAUCUCAUCUGAUAUAGAUUUAGAACUGAUCAACAGCUGGUAUGGUGGAUACGAUAUCGACAAAAAAAUCUACUUAAACGAACGCUUGGUCACGAGAUGUCUUUCACAUAAUGGUUCGAUUGGUUAUUACGACGAAUCUGCCAUCACCUCAAGUCCACUUACAGACCGGAUAUUCGCAGCUGAUAAAAUGCAGUCGAAAAUCCACUCGCUCAUUUUAGGCGAGAAGUUGGAUUUUGAGGGUAUUUUCCAUACGUCUCAAACAUGCUGGCCAUCACUAAAUGAGCUCGCCGUAUUACUCCAUUACGGGUAUUUGAAUAAAACCAGAUCUUUCGACGCUCCUAAAGUCGCCAUACCCAACAAACAAAUGCAGCAUGUUUACGAGAUGAAAGUCUUGAAAUGGGUUUGCAACAAGUUCGGCAUCAACGAGACGGAAUUCCACAAUUUUGCAGAACUUAUGACGAACGGAGCGGUGCAGAAAUUUGGAACAACUUGGCGAAAAUAUUUAUCCAAUGAUAAGGCAGCAAAACUCCUAGAAGGCGAUAAAAAGCAACCUAAGACUAUGUACGAUGCAAUUACGAUAGCUCUACAGGCUGCGUUAUGGUCCACUCAUGAAAGAUUCAACUUUAGCCGAAAUGAUCGUUUUAUUUUGAUUCCUAAACUAGGUCGAAGCAAAGCAGCGAUUAUUUACAUGUAUAAAGUGGCUGAAACGGAAGAUGAAUUGAUGAUGAUAUCUACAGCAGAAAGUGGCCAUGAAGAAAUUUCUCGUUGGCAAAAUGACACUACUUUGAAUACGUACGCGCAUAUUCAGGAUUUUUAUAAAAUUAGUCUGGCUUUUUGCGGUGCACAUUGCGUUACUACUGCCAGUCUGUCUCACCCACCUGAAUAUAACUUUUGGGAUGCUCAUCUUUAUCAACCUCCAAACUGCAGUCGUGUACUAGGUAAUAUAAAUGAUACCUUUGAUCCGGACUAUAAAAAAAUGGAGAAAAAACAGUAAGAAUAAGAAUCAGAUUUGGAUUCGAUUUUAGCCAGAUUGGGCAGCGGACACUAAGUCCAAUUUUAUUAUGUAUACAUGCAUGCGUAAAUUUCACUUGGAUAAUAUUUAAAUUCUUUCUCGUGAAAUUGAAUAAUCUUCGAGUAAUCACCUUCCUAGAUAAAUGAUCGAGUUCCGUUAUUAAAAAUAAAUGUAUGUGGGUACUAGGUAGGUACCUAUUUAUCACGUCGAGAAACUUGAAAUGAAAUUUUUUAGACCGAUAAUCACAUCAGCAGAUUGUGUUUGAAGCAGUUCAGCAAUCUUAAAAAAGCUUUGCACUGCGCAAUGUGAAAUGCUCCAAUAUUUUGGUUGGUGAAUUUUUUCGUAAGCUAUGUUGCAUUCGCUGAUUUCUUGAGAAAUAAAAAUGUUACGGAUA